GAAGAGCGCGAGGAGGAGGAGGGGGGUCGCCGGGUAACGCCAUUUUCACGCACCGCGCAGUCAGUCAGUCAUCCAGCCAGCGGACCAGCGGGCUGUCAUCUUCAUGGGCGACUAGUCAACUUUUCACUUAGCCCCCACAUGAAGCCGCUCUCGAGUUAGUGUGAGGGAGCUGCUCCUGUCAUGGAAGCGACGGAGAACCGGCUUUUGUUGUCGAGCGGCUCCGACUAAAGUCAGUGUUUUGACAGUUAGGUGGCUAGCUAUGUAGCUAGCUGGUCAUCAUUACCGGACGGCGGUUGAUGCAGUGAAACCCAGCAGCGUCAGUCGGCGAGACGUAACCCGGUUUGGAGAUUGUGUUGCUUUUUUUUUUUUUUUUCUUAUCACGUAUAUAUCCCCACACUUGUCGGUGAACGUUGUCGGAUAAAGGAGCAACGCCCUCAUCGUUUAAAAUAAGACGUGAUUUGUAAGGAUAAGCAGGGAGGAGGGCGAACGUUACAGUCAGGCUACAUUGGCGACGGAUGUCCUAGAGAACGGAUGCGUGAGGACAUGUCCACCAUGGUGUGCGUGAAGGAGGAGGAGGACCCCGGGGAGAAGCUGUCCCAGGAUGAGAUCAUCUCCCGGACCAAGCAGGUGAUCCAGGGGCUGGAGGCCCUGAAGCAGGAGCACCACUCCAUCCUGGAUGGCCUGCUGGGCACACUGCGCUGCCUGAAGCAGGAUGAGGAGGGCGUCCUGGUGGAGGAGAAGUCCCACAUGAUCCGCAAGUCCCUGGAGAUGCUGGAGCUCGGGCUGAGCGAGGCACAGGUGAUGAUGGCACUGUCGAGCCACCUGAGCUCGGUGGAGUCGGAGAAGCAGAAGCUGCGGGCUCAGGUUCGCCGGCUCUGCCAGGAGAACCAGUGGCUGCGGGACGAGCUAGCCGGGACACAGCAGAAGCUGCAGAAGAGCGAGCAGAGUGUGGCCCAGUUGGAGGAGGAGAAGAAGCACCUGGAGUUCAUGAACCAGCUGAAGAAGUACGACGAGGACUUGUCCCCAUCUGAGGAGAAGGACUCCGACUCCAGUAAAGAGACUCUGGACGAUCUCUUCCCAGACGACCAGGACGACCAGGCCCCCGGCAUCCAGCCGAGUCACGGCAGUGCUGCAGCAGCUGCCGCUCAGCAAGGAGGUUACGAGAUCCCGGCCCGCCUGAGGACCCUCCACAACCUGGUGAUCCAGUAUGCCUCCCAGGGCAGGUACGAGGUGGCUGUGCCCCUCUGCAAACAGGCCCUGGAAGACCUGGAGAAGACCUCUGGACACGAUCACCCAGAUGUGGCCACCAUGCUCAAUAUCCUCGCCCUUGUUUACAGGGAUCAGAACAAAUACAAGGAGGCAGCCAACCUGCUGAAUGAUGCUCUGGCCAUCAGGGAGAAGACUCUGGGCAGGGACCAUCCAGCUGUCGCUGCCACCCUCAAUAACCUGGCUGUCCUGUAUGGGAAGAGAGGAAAGUACAAGGAAGCAGAGCCUCUGUGCAAGAGAGCGCUGGAGAUCAGAGAAAAGGUGCUGGGGAAGGACCACCCAGAUGUGGCCAAGCAGCUGAACAACCUGGCCCUGCUGUGUCAGAACCAGGGCAAGUACGAAGAGGUGGAGUACUACUACAUGAGAGCGCUGGAGAUCUACCAGACCAAACUGGGCCCCGACGACCCCAACGUGGCCAAGACCAAGAACAACCUGGCAUCCUGUUACCUGAAACAGGGCAAGUUCAAGCAGGCUGAAACUCUGUAUAAAGAAAUCCUCACCCGCGCUCACGAGAGGGAGUUCGGCUCUGUUGAUGAUGAGAACAAACCAAUAUGGAUGCAUGCUGAGGAGAGAGAGGAGCAAAGCAAGGGGAAGCAGAAGGAUGGCUCACCAUUCGGAGAAUACGGAGGCUGGUACAAAGCCUGUAAAGUCGACAGCCCCACAGUGACCACCACCCUGAAGAAUCUGGGCGCCCUCUACAGGCGGCAGGGCAAGUUUGAGGCGGCCGAGACUCUGGAGGAAGCCGCCAUGCGUUCCAGAAAGCAGGGUCUGGACACUGUUCAUAAGCAGCGUGUGGCGGAGGUCCUGAGUGAGCCCGAGGCCCGUGAGAAGCAGCGGAGCCGCGAGAGCUUGACCUCUGACACGGUGAAAUACGAGAGCGGGCCUGACGGUGGCGAGGAAGUGAGUAUGAGCGUGGAGUGGAACGGGGACGGCUCCGGCUCUCUGAAGAGGAGCGGCUCCUUCAGUAAACUGCGAGCGUCGAUCCGCCGCAGCAGCGAGAAACUCGUCCGCAAGCUGAAAGGCGGCGGCUCGACCCGAGACAGCGAGCCCAAAAACCCCGGCAUGAAGCGAGCCAGCUCUCUGGGCGUUCUUAACGUGGCGGACAAGGCUGCGAUCGACCACUACCAAGAACGAAAUAAUCGUCUGAAAAAGAGCCGCGACCUGAGCGCCAGCCACACGGACCUGGCGCGUUGAAGGUCAACGGGCCGCAUCGGAAGGUGGAAGGCGGGAACCUGUGAGGUCACGAGAAUCCACUUCCUGUCCACCACCAUCAGACCCUCCUCGCGUCACGCCUCCACACGUUUAACUCAGCAUCACGCCGCCAAGUGCUCACUGUACAGGUUCAAAGUCUCGUUGCACUUUUCGAAGGUUGAUGGAUGAUGGAUGAUGGGUGUUUUGUUUUCUAAUCAAUACAUAUCGAGGAACAAGAGGAAGACGAACACGCCGCGAACCUGCUGUGUGUUUCUGAUCUGAGUGUGUAUACCUUUUACCUUUAUCUAUGUGCGUGUACUGUAUGUGAGUGUGCGAUCGCUUCUCAAAUCAAGUCCCGUUUUAAUAUUUAAUGCUGUCGCUUGAAUGAAGGCAGACGCAGAGACGAGCUUUAAGUUUUACAAACAUUUCUCUUUCAAAACUCAUCGGUUCAGUUUAAUCGCUGUGGGUGAAGUUUUCAAACACCGGAAAAUUGUAAAGAUACAUUUGUUCCUCAAACGAGUUUGUAUAUGUCGACUUUGAAAGCAUCUUAUUACAUUUCUUGUUCGGUGGCGACCUCUGGUGGCCGUCGUCAUUUUUACAUCAACAAAGGAGGAAGUCAGUGGACGGAGAAUAACUGGUCGCUGUUUGUUUUCGGUGUGAAAGUCAAUGUUGACGUCACGUACAUAACUAACAUUAUGUCGUACAGUAAAGUAACUGAAGCUACAUUAGUCGUGCAGUUACUUUAAGUCAAACAACAAUGUUUUCUGACACCUGAACAUGUAGUUUUCUUGCCUCGACUUCAGGAAACUCGACGCUUUUGAUCGGGAACUAAAAACUGCCCCAUUGUUCACGUCUACUCACAACUCGUAGAUCUUCAUCCUUAUCAAGUAAUAAAUUCAGGAAAAUAAAUGUUGUUGUUUCAGCCAACUUUGCACUGGAACUGUUCGGCUUCACCCACUACACUUUAACUCAACUCGAGAAAUGUUUGACUAACUUUUAACCUCCAGCUCUGCAGAUAUAUCUCGUCCAGCAAUGACGUCUCUCUCUGCAGGCCGACCCGGACGUUUCUGUCAGCUCUGCGUUCGCUCUGCAGAUUUCCAACGGAAACUCUGAACUGGGUUUUUGUGAUUAAUCAAGAAAAUAUAAGAUUCCUGAUACUCGACACAUUUUGUUGAGGCAAAGUUUUGACCUUAUUUUCUGAAUUAAUCCAUGAAACCUCCCAGAUUGAAGUGUUGGAAACCCGCCGAGAGAACUUCCUCUGUUCUUUAAAAUGUUCCGUCCUGUGUUGAUUGAAGAUUUUGCUUUUUUGACGUAUGAAGUUCUCUGUUUACAUUUUGGGUUUUGUUUUUGUAUAUUAUAUUGUAUUUGUUUGUGCUUGCGCUGCUCUGAAGAGUUUCUCUCUCUUCUGUACAAAGUCUUGAGAUUUAGCAGCUGCGUUUCCUAAACGAGGCGUGACGACGACGACGACAUUGACGCGUGUCGGCACGUGAAGGCCGGGCGACACUUUCUCAGGACCGAGCUGUAGUUUCACACACUGACUGCAGAAUUAACGACACUCCAACUUUUAUCUAUUUUUUACACAUUAACGCCAUUUGUUCAGCGACGGCCGGAGAAAUGUUACAGAACUUCUUUUUUUAGUCGAGACAACACUUUACAACACGAGUAAAGUUGAACGAAUCCAACCAAAAAAGUGCAAAUUAUGAAUUAUUUAAAAAAUAAUUAUUAUCACACCUGAGAUUUAAGAUGCAAAUGUAAUGUGUAUUUUUUUUUGUUUUGUUUGCUAUUACCAAAAUAUUCUCCAGAUAGUUACGACUAUUUAAAUAUCAUUUUUAACAGAUAUAUCUCUCUACGAUUCACUUUGAAAUCCAAAGUGUUUGUUUUAAAACUGGAAUUAAUUAACCGACCGAAUGAAAAAAACAAAUCAGACUGUUUAUAACCAGAAACUUUGUGUAAAUACUGAAGGAUUUAUCACUAAAAUGUCUUUAUUGAUUGUAGAAAACACCGACUGAGUGUCGUUCUGAGAUUUAUGUUUCUAGUUUAUUGAUCUUAUAUUAAAUGUUCACUAUGCAUACGUGCUCUUUUUUUAUUUUUAAAGGGAACCAAGUAAAGUUUAUUUAUCAUCUUAGUCUGGUGACGCAGAAGUUUUUACCCCGUCGAUUAACAUUAAGAAAAUGUAGUUCUCUGUUGUUUCAGCUCAGUCAGAGAAUCUAAUUUUAAUCUAUUUUUAAAACAGUUAAUGAUUCUUAAAUGUUGCUUUAAGUCAAACAUCAGGACCAGAACGUUUCCAAACCGUCUAUUAAAAGCUAAAUAUGUAUUUAAAGGUGCAACACGUAAGAAUUUAAGUUUAAAACAUCAAAAUGAAAAGAAAAGAUUAAAUAUCAUCUUAUUGAUAUUUAUUUUGUCCUUAUUUGAACAUGUUUAAACUAGCAGAAAGUAAUCAGUUACUUUCACACUGUGAUUGAUUACUGGCCACAUUUUUGAGGGGUAAUUAGUAACUAAGUAACCUGUUUACUCCACUACAUUUUAAAAUGAUUGUACCUUUAGUGAACUACAAUAAACACAGAAAAUAUUCAAACUUUUAACUUUUAGCUUUCAUUCCAAAACAUCGUCCUCAAAAUAAAAUCUGUCGUCCCAAAUAAUGAAAAGCAAAAAGACGAAGCCCUGAACUGUAAAUAUUUAUAAACGCUGAAUAGAUCUGAUAACUUGGCGUGCCGGCAAUAAUUUCGUUAAAGGUUGUAGUAAUUUUUUUUUAAUUUUCUGUAUAAUGUUGAUUUUGUCGUUGAAGCUUCUUGUUGACUGUUGAUCAGUCUGAUCGUCAGCCUGCUUGUUCUCCUUUAAUCGUCUCACUGUAAAGACGCUCCGCAAAGUAACGAGGCACAUAACUUAACAACGUCUGAUGAACCGGGCGACACUUUGAGCGACGUCACACAGAAAAACUGCCAACAAAGUGACACAAAUGAUUUGACGUCCUUUAUAGAAGAUAAAAAGCAAAGUAGUUUUAUACAGAAGCAAAGAAAGGCCAAAAUUAAUAUGUUUAAAUUAAUGAUUACAUAAAAUCUGAAUUCAUGUGGUUUGAAGUUGGAUCACAGCACAUAACCUGACGUUGAACGUAGCCCGGUCAGUAAAACUCUUAAUUUAUCCUCUUGACUUUUGGUGCAGCCUGAUUAUUUCUUUUUCUGCAACUUGAAUAUAGUUCUUUGUCAAUAUUAGACACAAUUUUAUGCUGAAUUUGUGCAUAAAAACAUGUUUUUGAGUUUCAAGUUUAUAGAAGUCUGCAAAAGUAAAAUAUUUUUAACCCUGAAAUUUUAGUUUUAAGGUUCAGUGGUGUUUAAAUGUCACAGUUCUGUCCACACUUAUUGGAAACUAUAUUUUUCCACUUACGGUUCAUUUAACACAGAAAUUGUUGGCUGAUUUUGGCUCAACGUUGCUCAAACUUUCGCCCGGUUGCCGCAGACAAACUGCAGCAGCCUGAUGCUGAUGAUCACACGAGGAAAAACUCCCGAUCUGUCCUGAAACUACGACUUUUAAUCAGGUUUCAAAUAUGACGUGAAUGUAAAUGUUUGGAGGAAAUGACAAACUUAUUUGUUUGUUUUCUUGUCGAAGCAGUGAAGGUUUCACAGUCCGUCCUCUGGUUGUAGUUUUAUUUCUACUUUUUAAAUUGCCCGCUCGCUUAAAUCCUGAAUCUAAAGUUUUAUAGGCACAAUUAUUAAACACAAGUUUGAAAGUCAGGUUGCACUCGUCCUCCAUCAUUUUUCUUUUCUUUUUUAUGUGUGUAAGAUGCAGUUAUUUUAAAGAUGCCCUCCAUGGUGGAUAUGAAAUCAAACCGUCCCCCGUGUGUGUGUUGUACAUACAGAAGAUGUUCCUGGGUGAGACUGGCUGUCAUGAAACUACUCGUCCUCUGUAACUGCUGCUCUCUCAGACGUGUAGGCUUCUCGUUCGUAUGCAAAACUGAUGUUCCACUGCGUCCUUUUAUUUUAAUGACUAAAGAUCAUUAAAAAGUUUGUCCAGCAAAUUAUUUUACAGCUCAACUGAAUUUGAAUAAAAUGAUUGAAUUCA